UGCUACGUGGUCACAAGUUGUCACUAUUUUAUAGCCACCUUUCAAUGAAAAUAGACAGGCUAACUUUGAUAUGUUUCCGUCUUUCUAUUUCCCAAACAAAUGUGAUUGUACAAGCGAAUGUAAAUUAGAUGCAUAGUCAAAACGACACAACAAAUAGCCACCACAUGGUGCGACAAAAUCAUUGAUAUUAUUGUGAUACUGAAUAUGCAUUACUGCAUAGCGUUUGGAAUACCAAUAUGAAGUUAUUACGUGUAAAUGCUAAAGAAACAUUUAUUUGAGCACUCCCUUGAAUAUCGUCUGUUUAAAGUUGAACCAGGUGUCAAGGUUAUCAUCUCAAGGCAAACAUGGUAAAGGAAACUGGAUUCUAUGACACUUUGGGUGUCAAACCGAAUGCAACCCCCGAUGAAUUAAAAAGGGCUUACCGCAAACUUGCUUUGAAAUAUCAUCCUGACAAAAAUCCAACUGAAGGAGAGAAGUUCAAGCAAAUCUCACAAGCCUAUGAGGUGUUGUCAGAUCCCAAGAAGAGAGAAAUUUAUGACCGUGGAGGUGAAAAGGCCAUAAAGGAAGGAGGACCUGGUGGUGGUGGUGGUGGUGGAGGAGGAGGUUUUGCAUCACCGAUGGACAUCUUUGACUUGUUCUUUGGAGGGGGUAGUCGGAUGCACAGAGAGAGAAAAGGGAAGAACAUAGUGCACCAGAUUUCAGUAACCCUAGAAGAUCUUUAUAAUGGAGCCACAAGAAAACUUUCUGUCCAGAAGAAUACUAUUUGUGAGAGAUGUGAAGGUCGUGGCAGUCGUAAAGGGGCAGCCCAGAUGUGUAUGUCAUGCCAUGGUACGGGCAUGCAGGUGCGUGUACACCAACUUGUUCCAGGUAUGGUCCAGCAGGUCUCCACAGUGUGUCACAGCUGUCAGGGCCAAGGACAGCGAAUCAGUCAGAAAGACCGCUGCAAAGCAUGCGGGGGACGGAAGAUGUUGCGGCAGAAGAAGAUUCUGGAAGUCCACAUUGACAAGGGAAUGAGAGAUGGACAGAAAAUUGUGUUCCAUGGGGCGGGAGACCAAGAGCCAGGUCUUGAGCCAGGUGACAUCAUUAUUGUCCUGGACCUGCAAGAACAUCCACGUUUUACAUGGAAAGGAGAUGAUUUGGCCAUGUCGAUGGAGUUGCAGCUGGUAGAAGCUUUAUGUGGUUUCCAGAAGCCUGUUCAGACACUUGACAACCGAACCCUCCUCGUCACCUCCCAUCCAGGGGAAUUGAUCAAACCCGGCGAUACAAAGUGCGUCUGCAAUGAGGGGAUGCCAAUGCAUCGCCGACCAUUUGAGAAAGGCAGACUUAUUAUUCACUUUUCUGUGGUGUUCCCAAAAGCCAACUUCCUUCCAAAGAACAAACUAAAGGAGUUGGAGAGCUACCUUCCGGUGAAGCUGGACGCAGAGCAACCGGAGAGCAUGGACGAUGACCUCUACAUCUACGCCGACCUUGAGGACUGUGACCUCGAGAACAGGAAACGACACAGGCAUCAGCAGUACUACAUGGAUGAGGAUGACUAUGCCAGCACUGGAGGUGUUCAGUGCCAGACAUCCUAAACGGACAACCUUUUCCAAAACCUUCAUCUUCUAAAAUCAAACGCCUUUUUUUUUUUUUUUUAAAUCUCAUGCACUUUUUUUUUCUUUGAUACUUUUGUUGUCGAGCUUGAACCACCAAACUGGUUGUGAUAAUUUUUUGGAUGGUAAACCGAAGGACUUAAUAGUGUUUGUAAUGAUAAUGUGACAUAAGGAGAGAGCGAAAGAAAGUCUGUGUCCUGAUAAUGCUUCUUAGUACAGGACAUUCACCUACAUGGCCAAAAUAGAAUAACCUUUGAAAGUGUUCCUAAUCACUUGCUGUUUUAGACAUCUUGUUAAUAAUCUAUGUGCAUGUUAAGAUGGAGUGUGCAUACUGACUUAAUUUUAUUACAUUUAUGCUAUUUUACCCUUUCAAAAGGGCUAUUUUCUAAACAUUUCUUAAUCUACAAAAUGUGACUUACAAAGCUAAGCAAGUAAACGUUGCUUGAAUCGAAUUUAUCAGUUGGAAUUUUGAUAUUUAACAGUAUUGUCAAAUGAUAGCUACCUGCCAUGUGAAUUGUGUUUUUUUUUUUUUUGUCUUUGUUUGCGUUGUUAAAAGGGGCUGAUUUUAUUGUGCGGUGGGGGUGUUUUUGUCAAAAAAAAUAAUAAUUUUCACAACAUAAGUGAGGAGGCAAUCAGUCCCUUGGUGAUAUUAAAGUGAGAGAGACAGACCAAAAAAAAAAACAAUCUAUGUCCAGCUGUACCUAUUUUUAUACAGAUGGAGCCAGUUGAACUCCAGAAUGAUAAAGCCUUGUCCGACAAGUGUUACGAACAGGGUGACCAGGAGAGCUAGAAGAACAAAGUCUUGAAAGUAGAAUGAAUAUUUGAUGUAUAUGAAAUACAUGAAAUUUCCAACACAA